UUUCUGACAGAGCUUCAUUGGCUCGAUUUAUCUGACAAUCAGAUAGAAGGAAACAUUCCAGUCUCUAAUGGGAGCAACCCUGGUCUUGAUUUGCUUGUUAAUACUGAACGCUUUCACUUUGGGAAGAAUCAGCUAUCCGGUGAAAUUCCAGCUCGUCUUUUCCAUUCUAAUAUGACUCUGACACAUCUGCUAGUUGAGAAUAACAAAUUUACCGGGGUAAUCCCGGAUACAUUAGGAUUUGUCCAGACGAUGAAAAUGCUGGACAUGAGCAGGAAUGAAUUUAAUACAUCAGAUUUUCCUUCAUGGAUCCCAAGCCUGCAAUCAUUAACAACAUUGGUAAUGGAAAAGACAGGGCUUCAGGGAUCAGUUCCAGCUAGCCUUUUCAGCCUACACCAGUUGCAGACAGUCAUCUUGAGGAAUAACAAACUCAACGGUUCACUUGAAAUUGAAUCGGCACAUAGCAACCAGUUGCAGCUCAUUGAUGUGCAAAAUAAUCUUAUCGAAUCAUUUACUCAAAAACCAGGGUAUCCCUUUGAGAUAAUGCUUAAAGGCAAUCCUUUCUGCAACAAAAGCGGAGAAGGGACAGAAACAUACUGUAUCGAAACUCAACAAACAGGGACAGAUUCAACCUCACUACAGAAUUGCUUGACAAUUGAGUGCAGAUCUAAUCAAGUUUCUAGUCGUGCCUGUAAAUGUGCUUUUCCAUAUGUAGGCGACCUAAUCUUCAGAGCUCCUUCCUUUUUAAACUUGGGAAAUAUAGCUACUUAUGAGACUCUUGAAAAGUCUUUGAUGCUUUUCUUCCAAGAACGUCAACUGCCCGUGGAAUCAGUUUCCCUCCAUAACCCAACAAUAGAUUCAGAUGACGACUACCUUGUAAUACAUCUGCAAGUUUUUCCUUCUAGCCAAGAGUCUUUCAAUGCAACUGGAGUUGCCGGAAUAGGUUUUGUGCUUAGUAGGCAGAUUUUCACGCCCCCGUCUUCCUUUGGACUUUAUGUCUUCAGUAGUGAUGGCUAUAAAUACCUCGCUGAGACAUCCAGCGGAUCAAAAAAAUCAAGUAGUACAGGCAUUAUCAUUGGAGCCACAGUUGGUGGUUCUGUCCUUGCAAUUUUAGCACUAAUCAUUGGUAUUUAUGCUUUCCGGCAAAAGAAAAGAGCUGAAGAUGCUGCAAAGAGGAUCGAUCCUUUUGCAUCAUGGGACUCAAAUAAACAUAGUGGUGCUGUUCCACAGCUGACAGGAGCUAGAUUUUUCUCAUUUGAGGAGCUCAAAAAAUGGACCAAUAAUUUUUCAGAAACCAACGAUAUUGGUUGUGGUGGUUAUGGAAAGGUUUACAGAGGAACUCUUCCGAAUGGAGAAUUAGUUGCAAUUAAAAGAGCUCUACAAGGGUCUGCGCAGGGUGCACGUGAGUUCAAAUCUGAGAUAGAGCUUCUCUCAAGGAUUCAUCACAAGAAUGUUGUUGGCCUUGCUGGCUUUUGUUUCGAUCGAGCUGAACAGAUGCUGGUGUACGAGUAUAUUCCUAAUGGCACCUUAAAAGACGGUCUUUCAGGUAAGACUGGGAUCAGGUUAGAUUGGAUGAGGAGACUGAAUAUAGCCAUUGGAGCAGCCAGAGGUUUGCAGUAUUUGCAUGACCUUGUCAGUCCCCCCAUCAUACACAGGGACAUCAAGUCCAACAAUAUUUUACUGGAUGCUAACCUAAACGCAAAAGUUGCUGAUUUUGGCCUGUCCAGGUUUCUAGGUGAAAAGGGUCACAUUACCACUCAAGUCAAAGGAACAAUGGGAUACAUGGAUCCUGAAUAUUACAUGACAAACCAGUUGACAGAGAAGAGUGAUGUUUUUAGCUUUGGAGUGGUGCUGCUUGAGAUAGUCACAGGAAAAGUUCCUAUUGAUAAAGGAAGAUAUAUUGUCAAGGAAGUGAAGGAUGCGAUGGACAUGACAAAAGAUUUGUAUAACCUUCAUGAAACUUUGGAUCCUGUAGUUCGUUCGGGUGCAACUCCUAGAAGCUUAGAGGAAUUUGUGGUUUUAGCACUCAAGUGUGUUGAAGAAGGAGGAGUCAAUCGCCCAAAAAUGAGUGAAGUGGUGAAACAGAUUGAAAAUAUUAUGGAGAUUGAAAGACUGAACCCCUAUGCAGACUAUGCAUCUACUUCAGCAACCUAUGAAGGAGAAAACAAAGGCUUGAACCAUCCUUAUACUGAAAGUCUCUUUGUCUAUAGUGAAGCAUAAUUUUCUCAUCUUGUAUUUUUUCAAUUGGAUUACAAAAAAGCACAAAACAAAACAAGAAAAGAAGGGAAAAUAGUCAGUAUAGGGUUGGUCACUUGUACUUGAAUUAGAAGUAAAAUUGCCAUCAUUUUAGGAACAGUCUGAAGAUUCAGUAACUAAGUAGUUCAGGACAUUGGUUUCUCCAACAAAGCAGAGAAAUACCACACAUUCUUAUCGAUCCCUCGAUCAAGCUCUAGCAUAGGAAGAUAAGCUACAUUUAACUGUGAUUCCAGGCAGAAGAGUCCUCCAGGCCUCAGAGCUCUGUAUAUGUCAUAUUGAGUGAACUCAAGCAUGGUAUCCAGAAUCCAAUUGUUCAAGAUACGAAUAGAGUGCAGGAUAUCCAGAGUAUUCUUGAAGAAAGGAAGCCUCUGGGAGACGCCAACGUGCAUUGAUAUUAAUCCCCUGAAUGCAAUGAAGCUGUUGAAUGGACCAACCAAAUUCAUGGAAGUUGUUACAAUGGUUACAUUCCUUUCCUUCAUCCUAGCAACCGUACCGAGGAAUUCUACUGAAUUCCGUGCAGCUAUGUUGAUCUUCCAGAGUCUACCCAAAGGUUCAAGCCAGAUUGUAGGAAGUGGGUGAUACGUUUUUGUAUUUCUAUGAGAAGCUCGACGGAACCCACAAUUUCCAAGUA